AUGAUGGCUGAAAAGAGAUCACUUACUACAGGUUUACUGGAAAGAAGCACUAUUCCUUUCCAAACAAACAUUAAGUAUCGGAUGCUCAGCAUCGAAAUGCGGUCAUUGAUGGACAUUAAUUAA